AACCGUUGGAUUAGGGGCUGGCCGUCGGGUUCCAUAGUGUUAGCAAGAUUACGACCCCGGGCAGUGUUUAAUGCGAAUCUCCGCGGGCGCACUGUGGCAGAAAAAAUCUACUCCACUGCGUUCCGUAUCAAAAAAAAAGAUAGGUGCACUGUCCGACGACUGUGCAACCUCGCUGAGCCUGGUGCUACCUGGCUCAGACCCGUAAUACCAUUCUCUUUACACAUCUCUUUCAAUUCUGGCACCGUGACAGGGCAAGCAGCUGUGUUGAGGUCCGAGGUUGAAGCGGCGGGAUAUCUAGGUCUGCCAGAGCGGCUGCCCUUUGCGCGGAUUCCUCAUCGUAAUUACAGCCGUAAAGCCAAAAAACCCGCCGGGCGCGAGCGCCGCGCGGUCGAGAAAGAGCGGCGCGCCGCGGAAGCGGACGUCGAAGCGCGUGUUCAGCACGAACGCGUACCGCUUCCCCCGCGCGUCUUCGUGCUCGGCCAUGACGCGCGCGGCCUCGCGGAGGGACCAGAACAUAGAGAACUUGUUCUGGAGCGUCACGGGGCAGCGCUGGCCCGUCGACACCAGCGCCGCGUCGCAGGGGUCGACGGCAACGAGGCUUUUGUAAUAGCCGCUGAAGUUGCGUUGCAGCUCGACGACGGCGGCGACGGGCGCGUAGGCGCGCACGACGGCCGCCGCCUCGGCGCCGGCCCACGUGUGCAGGAAGACUUCGGCGCCGAACGGUUCGAUAAAGCGCCGCCGCAGGUCGCAGUGCGUCGCGCGCCAGCCGCCGGCGUCCACUCUGCCGCGGAAGCUGUCGUAGCGCUGCGGCGACGAGAUGCCGCGGAGGACGAGCGCGACGUCCGGUUGUUCUUCCGCGGCGGCGCACAAGGCCGUGGUGAUGAGCAGAGUUCUUUUCAUCUUACUGGGGGCUGCCUCUUGUCUUGCCAAAUCUGGACUCGUCCAUCGAGCGCGCGAUCGCGUCGACAGCUCCGCCAGUGUGAGACAGACGCACAGCAGUAA